AUGAAUGAUAUUGGCACCACUACUUUUCACGAUGUUAAACAAUAUAGCUCUAAAUCUCCAUCUAAUCAGCUGUCUUCAGAAUACAAACCGGAUUACCAAGCCGAUCUCCCAACUAUUAGUAUGUUACCGGUCAAAGAUAUUUUAAGGGAUCAAAUUUUAUCUCUUGAUAUUGAUAGAUGUGAAUCAGAUGCCGAAAAUGCGUUUUUCGUCGCCAACCUUGACGAAGUAUAUAAUCAACAUUUUCGCUGGAAAUCACUUUUGCCUCGAAUUGAGCCGUUUUAUGCCGUAAAAUGCAAUCCCGACCCUUUGCUACUUAGGCUCCUCGCAUCAUUAGGAACAGGCUUUGAUUGCGCCAGUAAAGUUGAAAUCCAGACUGUUCUUGACAUUGGUGUGGAUCCAUCAAAAAUUAUUUACGCGAAUCCUUGUAAACAAGCAUCAUUUGUCCGCUAUGCAGCGGAGCAUAGUGUUAAAAUGAUGACAUUUGAUAAUUCUGACGAGCUUUAUAAAAUAAAGCGUUAUUUCCCCGAUGCUCAAUUGGUGCUUCGUAUUCUCACCGAUGAUUCCAUGUCUCUUUGUAAAUUGGGCCUAAAAUUUGGCGCUUCUUUAGAUACUACAGGGUCAUUACUGCAAACUGCUCGAAAGUUGGAUUUAAAUGUGAUUGGCGUAAGUUUCCAUGUCGGUAGUGGAUGCUAUGAUGAAAAUGCCUUUAUCGAUGCCGUUCAUCGUGCCAAAUUUGUUUUCGAUCAAGCUUCUGAGUUAGGAUUUAGUUUACAUUUACUCGAUGUUGGGGGCGGUUUUUCACACUCCCGCAAUUGUGAUGGUAUUACCUUCGAAAAAAUCGCGGCUAUUCUGGGACCAGAGAUCGAUAGCUUGUUCCCGCCCAACGUUCGUGUAAUCGCUGAACCAGGGCGUUAUUAUGCUGCACCUGCCUUCACCAUCGCAACUCACAUUAUUGCACGGAGAACUGUUCUUAGUAAUGGUGAUGUGCAAACCUUAGAUAUGGAUAACAUUUUAAACGAUGAAUCUCCAACUCGGGACGAUCAUUCUGGAUAUAUGUAUUAUAUCAAUGAUGGUGUGUACGGAGCUUUCAACUGCAUUUUGUAUGACCACCAGGUAGUUCAUCCCAAAGUUUUAUUCAAAGAAGGGGUUUUUACAUUUGGCGAAAUUUUGGAUGAACCAGUGUAUAAUUGUAGUAUAUGGGGGCCUACAUGUGAUUCAAUUGAUUGUAUUACCACGACAAGCAGUCUUCCCGUUCUGUUACCAGGCGACUGGUUGUAUUUCGAGGAGAUGGGGGCGUAUACUAUAUGCGCAGCAUCCCAAUUUAAUGGGUUUAAAAAAAGUAAUAUUAUAUACACAGCCACUAAUCCAGAG